AUGGAAUACUCAAAGGAGCAACUAAACUACUUCCGACUCUGCUACAUAGCAUUCGAUUUGGUUCCAGUGGGACUGCGGCAGAUUUUCAAAAAAGAGUGGGAUUUCCUAUAUAAAGCAACGUUACUUGGAGAAUGGAAAGACACGGCACAAAAUGGUCAUGAUUUCUACAAAAAGGAAUCUAAAGCAAGUCGCAGGAAAAACUCUCGGUGUCUAGCAACAAUACGGAAUGGUAACACGGCAGAGUGGGACUGCACCUGUUUGUUUUUUGCCACCCUGUACUCAGACAGCAUUGGUACCACAUUAAGUCCAGCUGUCCAUAAAGAGGUCGAUGAUAUUCGUCAGAUGCGAAACGAGAUCGCUCAUAUCACCGAGGCAAAGUUGACAGAUGCCGACUUUCAAACUUUUGUAGACAGAGUGUUGAACGCUUUUACAUCCCUUGGUCUUGCUAUAACUGAGAUUCAAGAAAUAAAGAACCAGACGACCUUUCCAACGACGGAAGUGGAAAAAAUUAAGAAGCAAGCUCGUGAUCUUCAAGCCGAGUUAGAUAAGGCAAAAAGCAAUCUUCAAAGUACAGAAGCUGCCCUAGUUUCAACAAAAGAAGAAAACAAAUCUCUUACACAGGAAAUAAGUGCCAACCUUCAGUCAUUUUGCAUUCUCGCAUCGCGUCCACCACAUGUUAUCAUUAGGCGCUCGCAUGACAUUGAAAGAAUCACCAAGAAAAUGGAGGAACUUUACAGUGGUUCCAGUGGAACAGUCAGUACAGUGUAUUUGUCAGGAAAUCCAGGAUGUGGCAAGAGCCAACUUGCACGGGAAAUUGGACAACAGUUCUUUUCUGAACAAAACGAUGAACUUAUCUUUGCUGCGACACUGAACACAGAAAGCAUUGAGACACUUGCCGACUCUUACCUCACCCUUGGGAGACACCUAGGGAUAACAGAGUACGCGUUGACAAGCUUAGAAUCUUCAAAAGAAGAGAAACCUAUUGAAGCAAUUAAACAGCUUCAUCGCUUGAUUUUGCCGAAGACCAGCAAGUUUACCAAAUGGUUGAUAAUUGCAGACAAUGUGAUUGACUUACAGGUAGUCCGCAGCUUGCUUCCUCCAACUGGCAGUAAAGAAUGGGGCCAUGGACAAGUGCUGAUAACCACUCAAGAUGGUGAUACAGUUCCUCAAAACGCCCCUCACACAUAUCAUGAAUCGUUAAGCAAAGGAAUGAGGCAGGAAGAAGCAGUGGAAUUACUGGAAACAGUAUCGCAGAUUUCAGAGCGAGAACAAGCAGAAGAUGUCGCUGAACUUCUCGAUUUUCAGCCACUGGCCUUAGCUGCUGCUGCUUAUUACGUGCAAACUGUCGUGUCCAUUGGGUCAUCAAAUUAUAAUUGGAAAGGAUUCCUUCGAGACAUAUCAUCAUACAACCAGCGAAAAAAGACCGAAACUGUCCUUGCUAAUGAGAGUUCAGCCUACAAUAAAACAACAAUGGCCGCAGUAGAAAUGGCUAUCCAAAGAGCUGUUGACACAGACGAGGUUCUUCGUCAUACAUUCUCUUUUCUUUCGCUCUGCGCUAACAACGACCUACCACUCGAAACUGUUUUGAAGUUCGUCAAAGCCCAAGUUAAAGACCAGCCUGAGGUUUUAAUGAAGGCAAAGAUUGUAAGGUCCUCUUUAAGUCUUGUUUAUUCCGAAGAAGGGGGUGAACGAACUUCUUUCCGUUUACAUAAAGUUGUGCAUGAAACUUUAAAACGAGGCGAGAUAGCUAACCUGAAAUCAUGUGAGAGAGACCACACCAUGGCAGAAGCGGUAAAGAAUUUCAAGUCCCAACUCCAAGAAAAUUACAAGAAUUAUGUGUUUUGCAGAAAACUAAUACCCCACUGUGAAUCUUUACUUAAGCAUAUGACGUCAGAGUUUAGUUCGGAUCAAAACACCCUUUUAAAAAGGUUUGCGCCCUUCGUAGAUUUGGAUACAGUUAUUGAUUGGCUACAUACUCUCGCCGGGGUCUGUCAGCAAAGCUCCUAUUUCUCCUUUGCGAAACUUGUAGUCAACUUAGCUUACGAUCUACUGGGGAACUUAGACGACUUUUCAACACUUGCAAUAACUUCUAAAGGGAAGGUUUUAAAUAUGAGUGGCCAAUUGUACAACCGCUUGGGAGAAUACAAUCAAGCCAAAGAACUUCACGAGCAAGCACUGACGAUUUUCAAAAAGAAUUUUGGUGAAGAUCAUGCCGAUGUAGCAGCAAGUUAUAGCAACUUGGCAUCAGUGUACGACCGCCUGGGAGAAUACAAUCAAGCCAAAGAACUUCACGAAAAAGCACUGACGAUUUACAAAGGGAUUUUUGGUGAACAUCAUGCCGAUGUAGCAACAACUUAUAGCAACUUGGCAUCAGUGUACAACCGACUAGGAGAAUACAAUCAAGCCAAAGAACUUCAUGAAAAAGCACUGACUAUUCGCAAAGAGAUUUUUGGUGAAGAUCAUGCCGAUGUAGCAACAAGUUAUAGCAACUUGGCAUUAGUGUACGAUCGCCUAGGAGACUAUAAUCAAGCCAAAGAACUUCACGAAAAAGCAUUAACGAUUUUCAAAAAGAUUUUUGGUGAAGAUCAUGCCGAUGUAGCAACAAGUUAUGACAACUUGGCAUUAGUGUACAACCACCUGGGAGAAUACAAUCAAGCCAAAGAACUUCACGAAAAAGCACUGACUAUUCGCAAAGAGAUUUUUGGUGAAGAUCAUGCCGAUGUAGCAACAAGUUAUAACAACUUGGCAUCAGUGUACAACUGCCUGGGAGAAUCAUACAAUCAAGCCAAAGAACUUAACGAAAAAGCACUGACGAUUUACAAAAGGACUUUUGGUGAAGAUCAUGCCAAUGUAGCAACAACUUAUACCAACUUGGCGUCAGUGUACAACCGCCUGGGAGAAUACAAUAAAGCCAAAGAACUUCACGAAAAAGCACUGACCAUUCGCAAAAAGAUUUUUGGUGAAGAUCAUGCCGAUGUAGCAACAAGUUAUGACAACUUGGCGUUAGUGAAACACAUCCUGGGAGAAAACAGUCAAGCCAAAGAACUUCACGAAAAAGCACUGACUAUUCGCAAAGAGAUUUUUGGUGAACAUCAUGCCGAUGUAGCAACAACUUAUAACAACUUGGCAUUAGUGUACGAUCGCCUAGGAGACUAUAAUCAAGCCAAAGAACUUCACGAAAAAGCAUUAACGAUUUUCAAAAAGAUUUUUGGUGAAGAUCAUGCCGAUGUAGCAGCAAGUUAUAACAACUUGGCAUUAGUGUACAACCGAAAGGGAGAAUCAUAUAAUCAAGCCAAAGAACUUAACGAAAAAGCACUGACGAUUUACAAACGGAUUUUUGGUGAAGAUCAUGCCGAUGUAGCAACAACUUAUAGCAACUUGGCAUCAGUGUACAACCGCCUGGGAGAAUACAGUCAAGCCAAAGAACUUCACGAAAAAGCACUGACCAUUCGCAAAAAGAUUUUUGGUGAAGAUCAUGCCGAUGUAGCAACAAGUUAUGACAACUUGGCCUUAGUGAACCACAUCCUGGGAGAAAACAGUCAAGCCAAAGAACUUCACGAAAAAGCACUGACCAUUCGCAAAGAGAUUUUUGGUGAACAUCAUGCCGAUGUGGCAACAAGUUAUAGUAACUUGGCAUCAGUUUACGAUCGCCUAGGAGAAUAUAAUCAAGCCAAAGAACUUUACGAAAAAGCACUACCGAUUUUCAAAAAGAUUUUUGGUGAAGAUCAUGCCGAUGUAGCAACAAGUUAUGACAACUUGGCAUCGGUGUACAACCGCCUGGGAGAAUACAAUCAAGCCAAAGAACUUCACGAAAAAGCACUGACCAUUCGCAAAGAGAUUUUUGGUGAAGAUCAUGCCUAUGUAGCAACAAGUUAUAACAACUUGGCAUUAGUGUACAACCGCCUGGGAGAAUCAUACAAUCAAGCCAGAGAACUUAACGAAAAAGCACUGACCAUUUACAAAAGGAUUUUUGGUGAAGAUCAUGCCGAUGUAGCAACAACUUAUAACAACUUGGCGUCAGUGUACAAUCGCCUAGGAGAAUACAAUCAAGCCAAAGAACUUCACGAAAAAGCACUGACCAUUCGCAAAAAGAAUUUUGGUGAAGAUCAUGCCGAUGUAGCAACAACUUAUAGCAACUUGGCAGCAGUGUACAAUCGCCUAGGAGAAUACAAUCAAGCCAAAGAACUUUACGAAAAAGCGCUGACCAUUCGCAAAAAGAAUUUUGGUGAAGAUCAUGCCGUUGUAGCAACAACUUAUAGCAACUUGGUAUUAGUGUAUUACUGCCUGGGAGAAUACAAUCAAGCCAAAGAACUUAGCGAAAAAGCACUGACCAUUCGCAAAGAGAUUUUUUGUGAAUAUCAUGCCGAUAUAGCAACAAGUUAUGACAUCUUGGCAUUAGUGUACAACUGCCUCGGAGAAUCGUACAAUCAAGCCAAAGAACUACACGAAAAAGCACUGACCAUUCGCAAAAAGAUUUUUGGUGAAGAUCAUGCCGAUGUGGCAACAAGUUAUAACCACCUGGCAUUACUGUACAACCGCCUGGGAGAAUACAAUCAAGCCAAAGAACUUCACAAAAAAGCACUAACGAUUUUCAAAAAGAUUUUUGGUGAAGAUCAUGUCGAUGUUGCAACAAGUUAUAGCAAUUUGGCAUCAGUGUACGACCGCCUAGGAGAAUAUAAUCAAGCCAAAGAACUUCACGAAAAAGCACUGACGAUUUUUAAAAAGAAUUUUGGUAAAGAUCAUGCCGAUGUAGCAACAAGUUAUAGCAACUUGGCAUCAGUGUACGACCGCCUGGGAGAAUACAAUCAAGCCAAAGAACUUCACGAAAAAGCACUGACCAUUCGCAAAGAGAUUUUUGGCGAAGAUCAUGCCGAUGUAGCAAGAAGUUAUGACAACUUGGCAUUAGUGUACAACCGCCUGGGAGAAUCAUACAAUCAAGCCAAACAACUUCACGAAAAAGCACUGACGAUUUUUCAAAAGAAUUUUGGUAAAGAUCAUGCCGAUGUAGCAACAAGUUAUAGCAACUUGGCAUCAGUGUACGACCGCCUGGGAGAAUAUAAUCAAGCCAAAGAACUUCACGAAAAAGCAAUAACGAUUUUCAAAAGGAUUUUUGGUGAAGAUCAUGCCGAUGUAGCAACAACUUAUAGCAACUUGGCAUCAGUGUACAACCACCUGGGAGAAUACAAUCAAGCCAAAGAACUUCACGAAAAAGCACUGACCAUUCGCAAAGAGAUUUUUGGUGAAGAUCAUGCCGAUGUAGCAACAAGUUAUAGCAACUUGGCAUCAGUGUACAACCGCCUG